AUGUCCGGAAUUGAGAUUGCAGGAUUGGUUCUCGGUGGCUUCCCUCUCUUAGUUUCUGCUGCUGAGCACUACAAAGAAGGCUGGGAGCCUUUGGUGAGAUGGAAAAGAUUUCGCACAGAGUUCCUACGCUUCAUUGAUGCUAUCGAUAUUGAGAAACAACUGUUUGAUCAGAUGCUGGAGCGAUUUCUUAUUUCGGCCGAGGUUUCCCAGGAUGAGCUACACCAUUUCCUUACGGACCCGAAUUAUCACGGAUGGCACCAAAAAGAUCUAGCUAUGACCCUGAAGUCGCGUCUAGGCCAUUCCUAUGAAGCAUUUGUUGGUUCGAUUAGGACCAUGAACGAACUCAUGGCAGAAUUGGAAAGCAUGUUGUCACUGAAAGAUGGAAAGUUUGACUGGGCAGACGAGGGAGCCAGUAGCUGGGACUAUCAACUGAAGAGGAUUCGCCAUAGCUUUAGUAAAAGAGGCACGAUAACUGUUGAGGCCCUUGAAAAGCAUAAUCGGAAACUUCGGGAGCUGCUGGAUUCUAAUGAUAAAUUAGACAGUAUGAAGUCCGUCAAGAGAGAUACGGCCUUGGCAAAUAUAUUUGGAUGUAUAAGAAGGCACGCGCAAAGUCUACACACGGCUCUCAAAGACGGUUGGAAUUGUGAUUGUCGAGAGCCUCACAGAGUCUCUCUUCGAUUGCAGCAACGUACCACGGGAGACUGGUCGUCGUUAUUUAACCUAUUAUUCGAAUAUCCGGAAGAUAUCGAAAGGUCUGCACGAAAAUCUUAUGAGCGGCGGGAGCUUGUUGUCAGUGCAAAGCCAGCCAGUACACAAAUUGAUAGCUGUGUUGACCAUCUUCUACACCCUUCUGCAGCGGUUGUUGGACGGGAGAGACUGCGGCGAAAUUUCGAGUCAAACCCAACCCCAGAGGUAAACAUUACUACGAAGUCAAUACUUAUUCCCACAUCUCCUUCGUCUUCUACAAUAUCUCAAUCUAGCUCUCAGGGAUCGCUCUCGAUUCAUCACUCAGCAGCACUCACAUCCGUUUCAACGAACGUGAUCAUAGAAGAAAACCAUACAAAGAAAUGGUUAUCUGGACUCAAGUCAAAAGCGAAAAAGUCCGUCAGAAUUCAUAUACCCCCCGAGAUUUUGAACCCCACGCCACUUGCGCCAGCAAUAGACCUUUGUAUGCGAACUAGCUCAAUCGUCUCGCCUUCGAUCCCACAAAGUCUCACAACGCCAAAAGACAUCAAGAUAAACGACCUAUGCAAAGUUAUUCACGAUUCUCGAGGUACAUCCAACUGUCACUUGGGGUAUCUGUCCGACGAGCAUCAGAAUUCCCACGUAUUCCGCAUUCCUGAAGAUAACCCCGUAGCUCGAGGUCUCUAUGAACAGAAAUUCAUCAGCCUUGAAACUAUUCUCUCAAAGCCCGAUAAAUUUUCUCCCCUCAACCGCUAUGAAAGAUACAAAGUUGCAUACAUACUGGCCUCCUCAUUACUACAGCUUCAGAACGCUCCUUGGCUUACUAACAGCCUGCAAAAGCGCUACAUCCUCUUUCCAUGCGAUUGGAAUAAUCACAAAGUUCUAAUCGACCAACCGCAUCUCACUCACUCCUUUCUCUCCACAAAGUCCCAAACUAUACCAUCAGGACAACUUCCAAACUUCAGCAGUUCCACCACCACCGUCAAGAAAUCACUCAACGAUCUCGGCAUUGUAUUACUCGAACUAUGUUUCGGGGAACGCAUCGAGGAGCAAUCGAUCCGGCAAGCUUUUCUCGUCGAUGGAAAAGAGCAUGCAAGCACAAACUAUCUCACUGCUCUAGAGUGGGCCGACGCGGUAUGUGAGCAAGAGCCAGCAUUGGAACAUGUUAUAAAAUGUUGUAUGUUUUGUAUCUUUGAAGAAAAAGCGAAUUGGGAUAAUUUGAGGUUUACACAAGCGGUGUAUGCAAGUGUUGUUGAGCCGUUGGAGAAAAUAGUCAAAAGCUGGCCGAAUGCAUUCUGA